GUUCUCGCCCCGCCCCCUCCCCGCCCCCUCCCUAGAUAUCGCGAGAGGGCGGGCCCGCUUGGCUUCGGCGUCGCCGUCGCGCCCGCGCUGGAGCUCUAGGCCGGCGUCUCUCCGCGAGCGGCGGGUCAAGUGCUGGCGGCUAAGGGAGCGCGAGGAGCCGCCACCCGUUCGGCGUUGGCUCUGGCGUCGGGGUCGUUGUGUCGUGACAACCGCUCCGGUAGCCGUUUCCGAGGCAGCAGGUGCGGCCGCUUUAGCCCUGAGCGGGCUCCGCGGCUGCCUGCGAGUCUCUGCUGUGCCGACCCUUCUCUUCGCGGACCCCACGCCAAGCAGCGACCCUGAGCCGACAGCCGGAGCGCCCGGCAAUGGCGGCCUCGACGGCCUCGCACCGGCCCAUCAAGGGGAUCCUGAAGAACAAGACCUCUACGACUUCCUCUAUGGUGGCGUCGGCCGAACAGCCCCGCGGGAGUGUCGACGAGGAGCUGAGCAAAAAAUCCCAGAAGUGGGAUGAAAUGAACAUCUUGGCGACGUAUCAUCCAGCAGACAAAGACUAUGGUUUAAUGAAAAUAGAUGAACCAAGCACUCCUUACCAUAGUAUGAUGGGUGAUGAUGAAGAUGCGUGUAGUGACACUGAGACCACUGAAGCCAUGGCGCCAGACAUCUUAGCCAAGAAGUUAGCUGCUGCUGAAGGCUUGGAGCCAAAGUAUCGGAUUCAGGAACAAGAAAGCAGUGGAGAGGAGGAUAGUGACCUCUCACCUGAAGAACGAGAAAAAAAGCGACAAUUUGAAAUGAAAAGGAAGCUUCACUACAAUGAAGGACUCAAUAUCAAACUAGCUAGACAGUUAAUUUCAAAAGACCUACAUGAUGAUGAAGACGAAGAAAUGUUAGAGACUGCAGAUGGAGAAAGCAUGAAUACGGAAGAAUCAAAUCAAGGAUCUACUCCAAGUGACCAACAGCAAAACAAAUUACGAAGUUCAUAGAAGAGAUUUGUUCAACACUGCAAUUGUUUGUUAGAUAUAAACCCUGUGACUGUAAUACAUUGCUUCUUGCUCUCCACAAUUCAUGACUUAAGUACCAAAAUGCAUACCAGUUAUUAUAUAUUGCCAAGAAUUAAAUGAUAAACUUAGAGACUGAUUAGACUGAAAAUGCCUAAUUGAUAUAUAUAUUCUUGUGCCUAGUACUUUACCACAAAUACAGUGUAAUAUCAUCAGUCCAAAACUGCAUUACUUUUGUAAAAACACUGGUUAAUUUGUAUAAGAUAUAUAGCUUUUUAUGCUUUAGAAGUUAAACAGUAUCUUUGCGGGGGGGGGGGACUAAUUUAUUUUCAUCACUCUUAACUGUGGUGGUAGCUCUUAUAAAGUUUGUCGAUCUGUUGUUUUUUUUAAAUCAAAAGCCAAUUGAACAACAGGAUAUAUAGACUGAUAAAUAUUCAGGCUGAAUAGUAUUUUAACACUCGUCUUCAACUUGAUUUAUCUGUUUAAUUGAAAAGAAUUAUAAGAGUUACUGUCGCAUUUUCUGGCCUACUACCUUUAAAAUUCCUGUUGAGUUUCUUUGUAUUUACAAGGAAAGGACUGAACUUUUUCUCAUCAAAACUAGCUUUUUUCCCCACAAAUAAAUUAUCAGGUUAAACUUUCACCAAUGUCUGCUCUGUUUUUUGUUUUUUGGGUUUCUUUCUUUCUUUUUUUUUUUUUUUUUAACGUUUUUGGUACAUUGGGCAGACCUCAGAGCAUUUUUUUAAAAAAUAAAUAUUCUAAUGUAGCUAUCUCACCAUUCCCUUUAAAUACCGGUCUUAACUUCCUGCUUUUAUUUCCUACUCCUUUCUACACAUACGCACACAGUCCUUUACCUUUUAUUUCCUACUCCUUUCCACACACACGCACACAAUCCUUUACCUUUUAUUUCCUAGAGUCCUUUCCACACACACGCACACAGUCCUUUACCUUUUAAAGGUCAUUAAGAUUGUCACGACAUUAGGGACUUUGUCACUAUUCUGUUGUUUGCUGCAAUGUUGAAAUUCUUACUUUGACCAUCGAUGCCUAUGAAUUCUUCUAAACGUGAAGAAAAUAGAUUGAGUAGCAGCAGCACUAUAGGCAGGAAAUAACAGUUUAACUGCUGAAUUUCUAUACCUCUCUGAUUUACAGCUUACUAAUUAAAUUGCUAUUAUUAGUUUGGCUUAAUUAGACUUAAGAAAACAACUGAGGGGUUGUUUGUUUUUUGAGGUUUUUUUUUUUUGCAUGAGAAUUGUAUGUAACCAGUGACAUGAUUAUUCCUGAAUGUACAGACAGAAGUAAGCCUGGACAUUGUUUAAUUUAAAAACUUUAAAUAGUCCCUGCUUUAAGGGAAUACGAUAAUGUAUACUAUGACAAAUGUACUUUAUUCUUCUAACACAGUAAGAAUUAUGUGGAAUUUUUUCCUUAAACAAAGUGCAGGAAAGCCCUGUGUGUCUUGGUUUAGUGGUUUCAUUUCUAGCCAUACAAUUGAUGGAUUGUAUACAAUUUUUGUUAGUACCAAAAUAAUCUGUUAUAUGAACAGAACAGACUUCUAAAAUAAUGUCUGUAUUUUAUAUAUAUAUAUGUAUAUAUAUGCAUAUAUAUGAAGGCUUUUAUUGAACAGCUUAUCUUCCACUUGCAGGUGUAUGGAAAUACCAGUGUUUCAAAAUAAAAAGUGGGAGAAUUCUUUGCUGUUAGAGGAAUAUGGUUAUUAUUUUGAUUUUUUAAAUGACAUAUAAUCAAAGUACUGCUGAACUAUAAGUGCAGUAUUCUACUAAACAUUUCAGCUAGUAAUACCACUGAUUUAGAAACAAAACUGUUUAUCUCUGCUUUCUGAAUUUGGAAUGUUGGGAUUACCUGUUUAAAUCUGUCUUGGGGGAUUAGAGAUUCAGUCUGUAUAAGUGCACAUAUAUUCAUGCACCCUCUGGUUUUGGUUUUCUUGUUUCUGAGUUCUUAGAAAGCAUCCACAUACUCUUUUUUUUUGUAGAAGUAGCUGUUGUAGAGUGAAGGAAAGGAUAAGACUUUAAACGGUUGAUUCUUUUUGUGUUUUCUACCAACUAUUUUUUGAAAUUUAAAUCACAAGCGAACUCGUUUUCUGGUUUUUAGAAAGUAGAUGAUUUCAGAGGAGUAAGACAUGCCAAGCAGCAUUGCCCAGUGGGGUUUUAGGUUGUCAGGUGCAGCUGAGAAAAGGUAUGUUCAAGUCAUAAGUAGCUAAUUGAUAGGGUAUGAACUAGUCAAAAUAUGAACCGUUAUGAUUCAAGUUAGAUUUUCCUCUGGAGAGACAGAUCUGAAUGUUCAGUUCUAGCCAAGGUAGAUUUUACUUUCAGCUUUUUGAUCAGUAUCACUUUCUGUGCUUAACUCUUUGGUGUUACGUUGUCCAUUUUCAUUUGUCUAAAAUUCUGCAGAGAAGACUAAAAUUUGACAUAAUGGUAUACAUGGAUUGUUAAAGGUAGCUUUCAGUUGAAGAUUAAAGCAAGAUGCCACUUUCCCCAUGACUUUCAUUUUGUUUACAUUUUUUUCCCUUAAAGUUAGUAUACACUACACAUACUGUAAUAAAAUCCAAUAAUAUGACAA